CUUUCUGACGAUGAAGACAGUUCUGUGAGGAGCCGAGAAAGACUGUGACGAUGAUCCGGACACUGAGCACUGCGACGUUCAAGGCUGUCGGGGCAGCGCAGCCCAAACUGCUGAAGGACGUUACGACCAGACAGCUGCACAGCACAUACGACGUGGCCGUGGUGGGAGGCGGCAUCGUGGGCCUGGCCACAGCCAGAGAGCUCAUUUUGCGACACCCGUCACUCAACUUCAUUCUGCUGGAGAAAGAAAAGGAGCUCGCGGUGCACCAGAGUGGACACAACAGUGGAGUCAUUCACAGCGGGAUCUACUACACGCCGGGCUCGCUGAAGGCCCGUCUGUGUGUGCGAGGAGCCACUUUAGCCUACGAGUACUGCGAAAAGAAAGGCCUGCCCUACAAGAGAUGUGGAAAGCUUAUUGUGGCCGUGGAGCAGGAAGAGAUACCCAGACUAAAAGCUCUGUAUGAGCGCGGCAUGAAGAACAAUGUGCGUGACCUCAGCAUUGUGGACGCCAAGGGAAUCCGAGAGCGCGAGCCGUACUGCAGGGGCAUAAUGGCCUUGGAUUCGCCCUACACCGGCAUUGUGGACUGGAGGAUGGUGGCUCUCAGGUACGGCAAAGACUUUGAGGAGGCAGGCGGCACGGUGGUAACUGAAUCUGAGGUCAAUGACAUUUCCAUGGCGAAGGAGAGCUCGGCUGGGAGCACUGAGGGGAUGAAAUAUCCAAUCGCAGUCAGAGACAAAAAGGGUAACGAGGUGCGAUGUCGUUACGUCCUGACCUGUGGAGGCCUCUACUCGGACCGCCUGUCGCAGAUCUCUGGAUGCAGCCGGGAGCCACGGAUCGUCCCCUUCAGAGGAGAUUAUUUAGUCCUGAAGCCAGAGAAACACUAUCUGGUCAAAGGGAAUAUCUACCCUGUUCCUGACCCUCGUUUCCCCUUCCUUGGAGUCCACUUCACCCCGCGGAUGGAUGGCAGCAUUUGGCUCGGCCCCAACGCAGUCCUCGCCUUCAAAAGGGAGGGCUACAAACUGUAUGAUUUCAAUGCCAAAGACUUUGUCGAUGCGCUCUCCUUCAGGGGCCUUCAGAGGCUGGUAAUGAGGAACAUAUUGUACGGGUUUGGAGAAUUGUACAGGGGGAUUUUCAUUGGUGCGCAGGUUAAACUCCUGCAGAAGUACAUCCCUGAAAUCUCGCCAAGCGACGUGCUCAGGGGCCCUUCAGGAGUUCGGGCUCAGGCUCUGGAUCGAGGCGGAAACCUUGUGGAUGACUUUGUGUUCGACGGCGGGGUCGGGGAAGUGGGCGGUCGGGUGCUUCAUGUGCGCAACGCUCCCUCGCCUGCCGCCACCUCCUCCCUCGCCAUCGCGGAGAUGAUCGCAGACGAGGUGGAGAGUCGAUUCACUCUGUAGAGCAACGCGGGGCUCGCAGGAGAUGAAAGAGAAAACCCAAAGAGUCCAGCCAAGUGAAACUACAACGUCGUGUCAAGCUGUCACUACCUCAGCAUCAUUUUCACCAGAAGGACUUUCUUAUUACAGGUCAAGCCUUAAUUUGGGUGGAGAAAAUAUCUUCUCAGUUAUAUUUUUUGUUUUUACUUGAAAAGUGCUGUUUCGGGUUGCUUGAUAUUUUUACUACAUUUCAAGUAAAAAUUCAUUUUGCAGCACAACAGUCCUGUCUAAAAAGAAAGAUAAUCAUGUCUUGGUGAAAAUUUUAAGCUCAGUUUCAGUAAUAUUAAUACUGGAAAAAAUAUUGAAAUAUGCUAACAUACUGUUUAUUAUGUGGCAGUAAAUUUUGGGGAGAUUAAACAUUUUAAAUGAAGGUUUUUAUAAGUAUAAUUCUGGCACAGAAUUCUUUCUGUUACUUUUGCAUGCAUUGUGUGGUUUUUGUUCAGCCACUGACUGCAUGACAGCAGUUUGUCUUUGUCAUUUGAACUGAGUAAAGCCAAAAAUGAAAUUCUUCUCCAUUAAAUGUAAAAAGAGAUGAUCCCUGGUUUGGCAAUAUAAUGUAUACUUACAGCCACAGAAUGUAGUUUAUGAAGAAAGACAAGUUGGACUUAAUUUCACAACAUUUGAUAUCAUUCAUUUCAUAUUAAUAUUCAAGUCUCAUAUCAUGUUAACUGAGAGCUCUUGGACAUUUUAUAAGUUGUGUGUGUGUUUGGGUAGUAAUUUCAUAUAAUAUAAUAUAAUUUGUUCUGUGUUACAUCUUCAAAGGCUUCACAUGUUCUUAAAUCUGUUUAGAUUUACUGACAAAUGAAUGUCAAAGUAUUUGUAUCAUAAAUACAUAUUUUUGAAUAUCA